GAGGGUAGCAAGCACCCACUUCUCUCCCCCAGGAAUGAUGAUCAUAAACCUGACCUUCUAACACAAUCAAGUCUUCUCUCUUCAUCAUCUUUCGCAGUUGAUGAAGAUGACAUCAAUCCAAUUAUCAGCACCAAAGAUUUCUUCAGAGAAUUCAUCAUCGAGUCGAAGAAGCUAUGGUACCUCGCUGGUCCGGCAAUCUUCACCUCCCUCUGCCAGUACUCCCUCGGUGCCAUUACUCAAGUCUUUGCUGGCCAUGUCGGAACUUUAGAACUCGCGGCAGUGUCUGUCGAAAACUCUGUCGUCGCUGGAUUUGCUUUUGGCAUCAUGUUGGGCAUGGGGAGUGCACUAGAGACGCUAUGCGGCCAAGCAUUUGGAGCCGGACAAUUAAGCAUGCUCGGAAUCUAUAUGCAGAGAUCAUGGCUCAUCCUCAUCUCCACAGCCCUAAUACUAAUGUUUGUCUACAUUUUCGCGGCUCCAAUUUUAAUCUUCGUCGGCCAAUCAAUUGAUAUUUCAAAGGCAGCAGGAAAGUUAUCCGUGUGGAUGAUACCACAACUCUUCGCCUAUGCAUUGGUCUUUCCUCUCGCGAAGUUUCUGCAAGCGCAGAGCAAGAUGACAGUGAUGGCGGUGACAUCUGGCGUUGCGCUUGUUUUGCACACUUUUUUCAGCUGGCUGUUGAUGGUGGAGCUAGGGUGGGGGCUGGUGGGGGCGGCGGUGGUGCUGGAUUCAUCGUGGUGGUUCAUGGUGGUGGUUCAGCUCUUGUAUGUGUUUGGUGGGGCUUGUGGUGAAGCUUGGUUUGGGUUUUCAUGGAUGGCAUUUCACAAUUUGUGGGGAUUUGUUAAGUUGUCCUUUGCUUCAGCUAUAAUGCUUUGCUUAGAGUUUUGGUAUUAUAUGGCAUUGAUUCUCUUUGCUGGAUAUUUAAAGAAUGCAGAAGUUUCUGUGGAUGCCUUGUCCAUAUGCAUGAACAUAUUGGGCUGGACUGUCAUGGUAGCUUUUGGAUUCAACGCAGCCAUAAGUGUAAGGGUAUCAAAUGAGCUAGGGGCAGCAAAUCCAAGAACCGCCAAGUUCGCUGUGGUGGUGGCCGCCGGAACUUCAUUCUUCUUUGGCCUCUUCAUGGCACUCAUUUUGAUUGUUUUCCAAAAUCAGUACCCAGCUUUGUUUUCAGACAGUAGAGAAGUCCAACAGCUUGUAUAUGAGCUCACUCCAUUGCUAGCUCUAAGCAUUGUCAUUAACAAUGUUCAACCUACCCUAUCAGGGGUGGCAAUUGGAGCAGGGUGGCAAGCUUAUGUUGCCUAUGUGAACAUAGGGUGCUACUAUUUAUUUGGUAUUCCUUUGGGUCUGCUGGCAGGCUACACCUUUGGCAUGGGUGUCAAGGGUAUUUGGUACGGUAUGGUGUCUGGAACAAUCCUACAGACGUGUGUCCUGUUUUUGAUGAUUUAUAGAACGAAUUGGAACACUGAGGCUUCCACUGCUGGAGACAGAAUAAAGAAGUGGGGAGGGAGAGUAGAUCCUGACAAGAAUGAUGAAGAAACCACAAAUUAAGAUCAUAAUGUGUCGGAAAGCAAAAGCUACAAUUUUUGGUGACAUUUAACUACAAGUGAAGACUAUUUUGAGAUGAUAGGUUAAAAGUUAACUUUUUUAUUAUUUUUAUUUUUAAAACGUGUGAAACAGUAGAGGUGUAGUAUAACUCAAAAAAAAAUUAAAAACCGAAAAAACUGAUUUUUAACACAGUUGCCAAAAUAGACCUAUGUUUCAUCAAUAAAUGUUUUUGGAACUUCUAUUACCACACAAUGGCUUCAUUCAUUUUUAAGAGAAUGGGCCAUAUGUUGAAGGUGGGACUGAAUAGUCUUUUCACUCUCUAGUCCAAAUGUUGAUGAAAAUAAUUUUAUUUUGCAAUGUGCUUAAGCUAAGAAUUAGGAAGGAAAUUAAGA